AUGGCUCCUCCCGCACAGAAUGGGCCUGAUGGCUCAUCACUCAAACCUGUCUCCUCAUUGAGGGCGCAGUUCGAGAACAUGAACAAGAACGGUGAAUUCGCCGCGGCCGCGCCUGGCCCCUCCCCGCCUCGGGCCAUCUCCCCGGCCCCGAAGCCAGAGUUCCUUCGAGAUGCGAAACCCUCCUCCGAAACCCUGCCGGUCCCCCCGAGACCGCGAGACCGCACGAGUAUAUCGGCUCCAUCACUACCCCCUCCGCUGCACGAGCCGGUCCCUCGCUCGCCCGGCAGAUCCCUAGGUGUCCCUCCCACCCUGAAGCCCGAGCCGGUGAAGGCUCCCUCCGUCAUGGUCGAGCCUCCCCAGUCUCCUCCCAAGAACCCCGUAUCGAGGUUCGCGCAUGCGGAGGUGCCGGCAUUUCUGAAUGCGGAGUCCGGCUCCUCUACUCCCAGCACUCCUACUUCGUCGCGGGCUUUCAAGAUUCCAAGCCGGCCACAUACCCCCUCACUCGAGCCGCGGCGCUCACCCAGACUCUCGGCCUCCCAACCCCCUUCACCGCCACCACCGAGGAGGUCAGUGGAUAUUCGAAGAGACAACAAGCCUGCCGUGCCGCCGCCGAUCAACCGGGCCGAGAAGCCGUCGAUGCAGUCGCAAGCGAAACCUCCCUUCUAUACUGACCAACAGUUAGCUGCCGAUGGCAGGGGUAAGAUUAGGGAGGAGACGUCGCCUUUCAGUAGCCCGCCCGGAAGCCCUGACAGUCUUCACGAGCCGCCGCCCCCUACCCUGCCUACCAGGCCGAAAGCACAUAUCACGCAGAUGGAGCCGCCGCCGCCUCAGCGUGGAAGACCAUUGGAUGUGGGCUUUGCACCGCCACCCGUUCACCACUCCAUCGUGACGAAGCGGAACCAGCGGGAUCAGGAAGUAAACGGCUUCGUCAAGGGGCAGAUUACACCCCAGAUCACUGGUGAUCGGCCGGGACUGCCCGCUCUUCCGGCGAGACCGCAGACAAUCGCGGAGCCUCCGCCACGGCCGCCAGUGACUAUGAAGCCUCCUCCGCGGCCUCCACGGCCAGGCGUCAACACGCACGCCGUCACGCACUCCGUUUCUGAGAUUCAGCCUCCACCGAAACGUAUCGUCUCGACUCCCACAGCGCAUCUGCCGCCCCCAACCAGGCUGCCGGGCCGCGCGAACACAGUGACGGACCGAACGUCGGAGAGGGCCGCUCCUCGGCCAUCGCCUCCGCAACCACCUCAAUCUGUGCAGCCCGCGCAGCCGCAGCCUGAGCCGACAGUGUCGUUAAUCCCCUCCAGCAAUACCUCAAAGGUCGAAAUUAACGGAUCCACGCCAAACUUCCCUGACCCAGCAAAUGUGAACCGGAGACCGCCUCACAUCAAGCAUGGCAUGCACGAGAUCCAAACCAAGUACGACCCGCGCACGUUUGACGUUUGUGGCGACCUCAUCUGUACGACUGGCCACCUUACACGCGUAUGGAGCCUUCGGGACGGUGAGCUAUUAAUGAGCUUCGCCCACGGCGAGGGCAUCAAAGCUACAACGGUAGCUUUUAAGCCCGGCACGAACGUGGACGAAGAAGGAAAGCGAUUGUGGAUUGGCAACAACUUUGGCGAGCUUAUGGAAGCCGACAUUGCCACGCAAAGCGUGGUUGCCAACAAGCCUGGGGCUCACGGACGGCACGAGGUCGUCAAGAUUUAUCGUCACUUCAACGAACUGUGGACUCUGGACGAAACGGGCGGUCUACUCGUCUGGGGUCCGGAUGAUACAAGUACGCCAAAUCUCACGAACAACCCGCAUCAGGCCUUCCGGGUGCCCAAGGGUCAUUCGUUCUCCAUGGUCAUCGGAGACGAGCUGUGGCACGCAACCGGCAAAGAGAUACGCGUGUUCGCACCAACCUCGGAUGGGCAAGUUCAAUUCCAAGUCCUGGUCCGCGCUCUUACGCAGGACGCUGCGGGCGAGGUAACUUCCGGAACGCAAGUGCGAUCGCAGCCGGGCAAAGUGUUCUUUGGACAUGCCGAUGGCAAGGUAUCUAUAUACAGCACACAAGACUUUGCUUGCCUCGGUCUAGUGAAUUUGAGCUCCUGGAAGAUCAAUUCCCUGGCAGGAGUUGGUGAUCAUUUGUGGGCAGGCUUCAACACCGGCAAGGUCGGCGUGUAUGACAUGGAGUCGACGCCAUGGGCUGUCAAGAAAGACUGGCAGGCGCACGAGAAGAACCCGGUCGUCAAGCUCGCCUCGGAUGUAUCGAGCUGCUACCGGCUGGACCGCCACCAAGUCAUCUCGCUCGGUGCCGAUAACAUGAUUCGCGUGUGGGACGGCCUGCUACAGGACGACUGGCACGAGACGGAGAUGAAGGCCAUGGACACGCAGUACUGCGAGUUCCAAGACCUCAAGGUCUUGUGCAUGACUUGGAAUGCGGGUGCCUCGACGCCUCACAGUCUGCGAUACGCGCAGGAGGAUGCCGAGUUCAUCAAGAGCCUUCUGACGGCCAACAGCUCCCCCGACAUUCUCGUCUUUGGGUUUCAAGAGCUGGUGGACCUGGAAGACAAGACAGCAACAGCUAAACGAUUCCUAAAGGUCAAGAAGAAGGAGGGCUCAGACCAGGAGCGCAUGAGUCAUCAGUACCGCGACUGGAGAGAUUUCCUGCUCAAGAGCCUCGACGAAUACAUGCCGCCGGACUGCUUGUAUCAUCUUCUACACACUGCCACGCUUGUAGGCCUGUUCACGUGCAUCUUCGUCAAGUCGACGCUUCGGGAUCGGAUACAAAACCUUAGUGCGGCAGAAGUCAAGCGUGGCAUGGGCGGCUUACAUGGCAACAAGGGCGCCAUUGUCGUGCGGUUCAUGGUAGACGACUCCUCACUCUGCUUCAUCAACUGCCAUUUAGCGGCAGGCCAGUCGCAGGCCAACAGCCGGCACAACGAUGUGGCUGCCAUUCUCGAGGCACAAAUUCUGCCGCCCGAGCGGGAUCUCAGCGCUCGCCUCGAUAGCUACGUCGGUGGUGGAGACGGCACUAUGAUUCUGGACCACGAGCUUUGUCUUCUCAACGGCGAUCUCAACUACCGCAUCGACACGAUGUCUCGCGAUACUGUUGUUAUCGCUGUCAAGCAAAACAACCUGGCCAAGCUUCUCGAAAGGGAUCAACUCCUUGUGGCGAAGCGGCGAAACCCAGCCUUUAAGCUGCGAGCCUUUGACGAAAUGCCGAUUACGUUUGCGCCGACUUACAAGUACGAUGUCGGCACGGAUAAUUACGACACGAGCGAGAAGAAGCGCUCGCCAGCGUGGUGCGACCGUUUGCUGUACCGCGGUGGUGGCAGGAUCAAGCAGAUCGACUACAAGAGACACGAGGUGCGAGUGUCCGACCAUCGGCCAGUCACGGGUCGGUUCAAGUUCACGGUCAAGAAAAUCCAGCCUAAAGCGCGAGCGAUGGCGUGGAUGGACUGCCAGCAGAGGUUUGAGGACCUCAAAUUGAGCGAAAUCAACGAUGACAAGAUGUUAUACCUGACGAACGUCAUCGGCUACGAUGAAGCCACAGCUCGGAGCAUUCUCCAGCCAAGGAACGACCGCAGCCUGAGUAGGUCAAGAGACGCAUGA